AUGACAACACCAUCUAAGCAACAUUCUAUACGACUACUACGAUGCAGAUGUUGGCAUCCAUUAUUACCAGCAUUUUCAGCUCGGCUAAUGAUUGCUUUCCGUAUUCUUCUAGGAAUUGCUUGUGUUGCUACAUUUACUCUUUCACCAGUAACAUCUAAUUUAAUGCAAGGUCAACUUCUACUUGGUGUUAGUUUUAUAGUUGCAAUAAAAAGUACAGUUGGUGCCACAAUUCAAACAGCUAUUCGUUUAUUUCUUGCUGGUGCUAUUUCUGCUACGUAUUGUCUUUUAAUUGUUAAUUAUUGUCCACGUAAUGUUUAUUAUGGUGUUGGUGCAACCAAUGUUCUUGUUCUUCUUAUUGUUUAUACUGAUUUACCAAUAACUGUUCGUCGUUUUUCAAUAGUACCAACAUGUAUUAUACUUUUACAAUGGUUUGGUAAACCACAUAUAAAUACUUUUUUUGUAUUUCAAAUUUGGACAUCGUUAACAAUUGGUGCUACAUUAGCUGUUAUUGUAGCAUGUAUUCCAUUACCAGCUAUACCAACUGCUCAUCGUGAAUUAACAAUGCGCAUGAGAUUUAUUGCUCGACAAACACGACAUGAAAUAACAUCCAUUGUUUUACUUAUUUCGGAAUAUCAUAAUAUACAUUUAAGGGAUGAAUAUAAUUAUCAAAAUAAACAAAAAUCGAUUACUUCUGAUGAUCAUGAUGAUGGUAUUGAAAUGCCAGCUAAUUCUUAUCGUGAAGAUGAUAUUUGUCAUUAUUCAACAUCACUCGAAGAUUUAAAAGAUGAUCAUUUACUUAAAAGUGAUAUACAAGAUUUACAUUCAUUAGUUAAUGAUGAAUUAAAACAAAUGCAACGUGCUUUAACUGAAAUUCCAUAUGAACCAUAUUUUAUAUUAGUAAAAUUACUGAAUCUAAUACGAAGAUUCUUACGACAUAUUCCAUUUAUAAAAAAAUUCAUCAAAACAGAAUCAACAUUAAAAACACGCUUAUCAAUAUGGGCAACAGGUUUUGCUUCUAUACAACGAGCAAUUACUGGAUUGUUAACAUUAGAUCAUCAUCAUCGUGCAUUUGUUGGUCAACGCCAACUGAUUAAUGCAAUAUGUCUUCUUCUUGAUUCAACGUUUAAUUUGUUGGAUUCGACACUUCCAUAUACAACAUCAUCAACAAACUAUUUUAAUAAAGCACAAAUAAUUACUUGUCGAGCAAAAGUUGAAGAAGCACUUGAAGAUUUUUUUGAAACAUAUACAAAAGUACGUGGAAAUUCACGUCAUUCUACAAUGUCAAAUACGGAUGCAAUUCGUUUAAAUACAUUUCUUCUCCUUAUUUUACGUCUUGUUCAUGCAACUAUAACUGCUGCUGAAACAAGUAAAACUCCUGGUGCCUGUCUUCAUAAUGAUUCAGAUCCAACAACAAAUAUACCAAAACCGAAGACGACGUUUAACUGGAAAAAACCAUUUCAUGAUCUUGCUGCUUAUAUUGGCAUAAGACCAUCAUUUGGUAAAUUAGUACGUUCAAUAAAAACAAGUUUAAGUGUACUUCUAUCGGCUAUUAUUGUUUUCUCAUUUCGUGAACGUUUACAAGCAGAUGGUUGGGUUUAUUGGGCACCAAUGACGACAGCACUUGUUUCUGAUUCAUCUGAAGGUGGUACACUUCGUCUAUCAUUUCAACGUUUAAUGGCUGUUUUACUUGGUUCAACAUACGCAUAUGUUGUUGUACUUGUCACACAAAAUCAUCUUGCUGUUGGAAUAUGUAUUUGUUUAUUUGUUGGACUAAUGGGAUAUCUUAAAACAGAUUCAAAAAAAGAGUAUUUUGCUAAUGUCUGUGCACAAUCAGCAUCAAUAAUAACGUUUCUUUCUAAUCAACAAGGACAAAUGAAUGCAUCGAAUAAAGCUGUUUUAGCUCGAACAAGUUUAACUUUUUUGGGAAUAUUUAUACAUGUUUUUAUUUCAAAUAUUUUUCUACCAAUAACAGCUCGUGCAUUGAUUAAGAAAAAAGUAUCAGUUAUGAUUAAAAAUAUAUCGACUGCAUUAAAAUCAUCAAGUGAUGAUUUUUGUGCAUUUAUUGGUUCAUCCCUAACAUAUCAACAAAAUAUGUCCCCAAAUAAAACAUCAUUUAAUUUAAUGAAAACUCUAGAAGAAACUGAACGUAUUGCAGAUAAUUUUCCUGAUUUACUUGAAGAAGCAUUGAACGAACCAAAUUUUUGGAAACGACCAUUUAUGCAAGUAAAAGAUCGUUAUAAUGAUAUAGCUAAAUCUUUACGUCGAAUAAGUGCUGAUAUUCGUUUUGUUCAUCGAUGUACAACAAUACUUGAAGCUGAAUCAAAAUUGCAUUUUGCUCAAGAAUCAAAGUAA